AUGCGGGCCACUGCUCUCUUCACGGCCCUCGCCGCCGCGGCCCUCGCCACGGCCAGCCCGCGCAUCGCACACCUCCACUACCAGCCCAUCACCCCCUCGACAGCCGACGCCGCGGCGCCCCUCCCGCUCGCCGAGAUUCACUACGACGCCUCGACGCCGUCGUCCGCGACCGUCGCGUCCUACGAGGCGCCCGACCUGCCGGCGGACGCGGACCGCGUACGCAUCGGCGCCUGGGACGCCGCCGCCGGCGCCUGGCGGUCCGGCGUCUCGGUCACAAGCGCGGCGACGUUCGCCAAGGGCUACGCGCCGCACCUGCUGCUCAGUGUCGACGCUUCGGGCACGCUGCUCGGGGCCGGGGCGCGCGGCGUGCGCAUCGACGCCGGCGCCACGCGGGACUUUGGGCCCCAGGCUGUCGUCACGGUCGGCGGGGCUGGGGAGACCCCUACGGUCAACAAGCCGGUUGUGCUUGUGGAUGGGAGGAAGAAGGAGCCUGAGGCGGAGAAGACGCUGUUGCAGAAGUACUGGUGGGUGAUUGCGGGAGUUGUGCUGCUGACGCUCACGUCUGGGGAUAAAUGA